AUGCACCCCUUUAAGUACAGCCCCCAUGAAAUUGAGUGGACAACCCAACAUCCUUACUUAGGAAUAUGGAUGGAUGAAAACCUAGAAUUCAGACGGCACGUGAAGUCCAUACAAGAAAGAACCAACACCAGGCUCAAAGCUAUGAGAGCCAUCACUGCAACAGAAGGCGGUGCCAACUUUAAAGUGCUAAGGCUACUCUACAUCCAGGCCAUAAGGUCCAUUGUAGACUACGCAGCCCCACUUCUAGCUAUCAUAUCACCAUACAAGAUGGAGGACCUCGAGAAACUCCAAAAUGAAGCGCUCCGCAUCAUGUUGGGGGCACCUCGCUGGACGAAGCUUGUCAACAUGAGAGCGGAGGCCGAUCUACCACUACUUGCCCAUCGUAUCCAUGCCAUGAACACCUCACUCCUUGCCAAGACACUUUCCCAAACCAAAUACACAACAGCCGCCAGAAAAGUUCAUCAGAGUCUCGCCCACAAUGAAGAACUCUUUACCAAGAAAACUUGGGCACAGAAAAUGGCCCAGGGCAUUAAGACGCUACAGAUGCAAACACCAUUAACCGCAAGAACAACAGAUGCCCAGCACCCCGACUAUCAACCACCUCCUCCAUGGCAAGAGUCUGAUUAUAACUUUUCUGUUACCAAACUAACUGCCAGCAAAACAUCUCUCAGCGCCGACGCCCUCGCAGCCCAAGCUCAACAAGCUCUUCACGCAGUGAAUGACAGGAACAUGGAGGUCUAUUUCACAGACGGAUCAGUGGACCCCAACACACACAGAGCAGCAGCAGCCUUCUUGCACCACACAGGAACAGGCAUAUUCCGCCUCCCCGACCACUCCUCCACGCUCCAAACUGAGCUAGCUGCCAUCGGGAAGGCACUAGAAGAUGCACGUCACAAACACAAAGACAUCCUAAUCCACACCGACUCGUUGGGCGCCAUACAGUGCCUCCAGCAGACACACUCAGGAGACAACAUACGCCUCAUCACCACCAUCCAUGCCAACGCACAGGCCAUCCGCAGAAGGAACAGGAAGAUCACAAUUAACUGGAUCCCCAGCCACACAAAUAUCACAGGAAACGAUUUAGCAGACACCGCAGCGAAAGAUGGACUCCUACUCCCUACUGUGACGAGCCACGUAGUACCAUCCCGAGCGCAAGUCAGCAGCACCGCCAAGAAAACCUGCAAGCAAUUAUGCACCCAAGCAGUAAGAAGUCAGAUUGCUGAAGGGUCACCAAGUGCAACCUGGUAUGGCACAGCAACUGCAAACACCGCACCACCUGCUGACACACUACCACGACGCACACGUACACGAUUACACAGACUACGACUCGGCUACCACUGCCUAGCCGAGCUCAACGAUACACUACCACUCACAUGCGAACACUGCGACUACCCUCGUACACACCCCUACGACACUACAUUGAAGACUGCCCAAGCACAGCUCCGUUCCUACACAGACACGCACACGACGCACCACACAUACUGCAACAAACAGACACCAACAGACUGA